AGAUGGGACAAGACCGACUGACUCAUCGCUCUCAGCUGCGGACUAGCUUUUUAGUGAGCGGCCACUCGUUCACUCUUUGUCUUCUGUUCCCAGGCAGGGCCUCUGGGACAGCAGGAAGAACGAUCCGGGACUCAGAACCGGAGCUGAUCUUCCCAGUGGAAAGGCUCAGAAGGGAUCGUCCCUAUCUCGCUUGGAAGACAACUUUCCCCAGGAACCGCUGCAAGCCUCUGGGGCUCUCCCGGGCUGGUCUCCCCGCGCCUUCAACUCUCGGGAUAGCCCGGGGAGAGGCUGAGGAAGGCGGAAGGCGUUCUCCCCAGCUCCAGUCGAGCGGCCGCAGGUCUUUCAGAAGCUGCUUUCCUCCUCCCGGUGUCCAGGUCCGCGGUCUGUGGCGGACGUAGCGCCCGGAGGUUUUCUCCAGCCCGGUUGGCACAGGGCCAUGCAGUUGGGCUCCUCAGACAGACAACCAGUGUCGUUCCCCCUGUCCUCUGGUUCUGACAAGCCCUCCCCAGGCCAGUCACCUGGAAGCCUGCUCCGACCAGCCCCUCCGCACACCUGAGCUGGGCCAAACGCACUCCCCCUUGUUCUCGGCACUGCCACUUCCCUCUUCCGCAGCUUCGGCCACCUCCCUUUUCUGGCUGAAAGGCCGACCCUAGUGUCCCCUACACAAAAGAAAGACGGGCCUCCAGUUCCCGCCCUCUAUUCUCGGUCCCUAAGUGUGAGGUGAACCCCCCUUGGCAGCUGGGCCGCCGCUGGGCGGGGCGGAAACAGGGAGCCGGAGCACCGGCGGCCGAAGAUAAUGUGAGGGAGAGGAGGAGCCCAAGCCUGGUUAGUGGACUCACUCACUUGGGCCAGGUGGAUUCAGAUCUAGCUGUCGGUCCUGGAAAUCCAAGGACGAAGAGAAAGAGCGGCGAGGGGCUCCGGCACUUGUCGUUCUUCCUCCCCAAUUGCUAUGAGACAUUUUUUUCCUUAGGGUUGCAAGAGAGGCUUUUCUUACAGCUCCCCCACGUCCCUCCUCCUUCUCACUGGACUUCAGCAAAGAGCUACCGGAGCCACUGAAUAUGCGGGGAUAGCCUGUCGAAUUCAGCUGAAGCUUCUGAAUCCCCUGUUGACUUUUGACUCCCAAAGAGGGCAGGACCCGUCGUGGGGGCCUUUCGUUGAUUGUAGACUAGAAGAUCCUCUAUGAGCUACUUGCCCGCUUUUCUGUCCUUGGCACUGGACAAUACAGAUCAGAGCCUUGUUGGGAGGGGGUGAUUCGGUAGCCUGCCUCUGUUUUCUUGAUUUCCUCCCGCAGACGUCAAAAGCAAACAUGGGCUGUUUCUGUGCAGUCCAGGAAGAAUUUUAUUGCGAAGUUUUACUCUUGGAUGAGUCAAAGUUAAUUCUCACUACCCAACAGCAAGGGAUCAAGAAGUCAACGAAAGGUUCUGUUAUCCUUGACUACAUAUUCCAUCACAUAAACCUAGUGGAGAUAGACUAUUUUGGACUGCGUUAUUGUGACAGAAAUCAUCAGACGUACUGGCUGGAUCCUGCAAAAACCCUUGCAGAGCACAAAGAACUGAUAAACACUGGUCCUCCAUAUACAUUUUAUUUUGGCAUCAAAUUUUAUGCUGAAGAUCCCUGUGAAUUGAAAGAAGAAAUAACCAGGUAUCAAUUUUUUUUGCAAGUAAAGCAAGAUGUACUACAAGGGCGCCUGCCCUGUCCAAUCAACAUUGCUGCUCAACUGGGAGCAUACGCUCUCCAAUCUGAACUUGGAGAUUAUGACCCAUAUAAGCACACUCCAGGAUAUGUGUCUGAGUACCGAUUUGUUCCAGAUCAAAAGGAAGAACUUGAAGAUGCCAUAGAACGAACACACAAAACACUAAUGGGUCUAGUACCUUCUGAAGCAGAAAUCAAAUACUUGGGAAUUGCCAAAUCCUUGGAAAUGUAUGGAGUUGACCUCCAUCCUGUCUAUGGAGAAGGCAAGUCUGAAUAUUUCUUAGGUUUAACUCCUGUGGGUGUGGUUGUCUACAAGAAUAAGAAACUAGUAGGGAAAUAUUUCUGGCCGCGAAUUACAAAAGUCCACUUUAAAGAGACACAGUUUGAACUCAGAGUGCUGGGAAAAGAUUGCAAUGAAACUUCAUUCUUUUUUGAAGCCCCAAGUAAAAGCAUUUGCAAACAUCUCUGGAAGGGCUGUGUUGAACAUCACACGUUCUUUAGAAUACCAGAGAAUGAAUCAAAUUCUUUGUCAAGAAAACUCAGCAAGUUUGGUUCCAUGAGUUAUAAACAUCGAUACAGGACAGCUUUACAAAUGAGCCGAAAUCUUAAUGUUCCUCUCCCCCGGCCAAAUCAGAAGGUGGAAAGAAGUCGAAGCAAGACUUACCCUAAGAGAAUAGCACAAAUACAACCAUCAGGAUCAAACAAUAUAAACCAGGACACAGCAAAUAUGGAAAAUGGAGUGAAUGAAGGAACCACCAAAAUUAUUGCACCCGUGCCAGUUAAAAGCUUUAAGAAGUCAAAAUUUGAAAAUAGCCCUGAAACCCAAAGAAGCAAAACAAAUGCACCGUGGGAAGAAAAUGGACCUCAGGGAGGACUCUACAAUUGUUCCAAUGACCGUAAUAAAUCACCAAAGUUUCCUUAUUCGCGAAGACGAAACCCAUCUGGCAGUAGUGACCAUGAGCCUGGACAGCCAAUUAGGAGAAGGAAAGCACGUAACAGUGGUGAAGACUCAGAUCUAAAGCAAAGGAGAAGAUCCCGGUCACGAUGUAACACAAGUAGCGGUAGUGAAUCUGAAAAUUCUAAUAGAGAACAUCAAAAAAAGAGAAACAGGUUAAGGCAGGAGAAUGGCAUGGUUGAUUCAGCGCCUCAGUGGGAAGCGGCACUGAGGCAGCAAAAGGAAAAAAAUGAAGCCAGCUCCAACAACAGGCGAUCCAGACACAGAUCACGCUCGAGAAGCCCAGAUAUCCAAGCAAAGGAAGAACUGUGGAAACAUAUUCAGAAAGAACUUGUGGAUCCUUCUGGAUUGUCAGAAGAACAAUUAAAAGAGAUUCCUUACACCAAAGUAGAAACUCAAGGUGACCCAGUUCGCAUUAGACAUUCUCACUCACCUCGAAGUUACCGCCAGUACCGCAGAUCCCAGUGUUCAGAUGGAGAGAGAUCAGUUCUGUCUGAAGUGAAUGCAAAGACUGAUCUUGUGCCCCCACUUCCUGUGACUCGGUCUUCGGAUUCACAAUGUUUUACUGGUUCUACUUCCUAUCAGAUUAGAAUUGGGUCCAAAGACAGUCUGAUACAAGAAAAACCUCAGCUCUCUACAAGCAACUUGGAUGGAAAACACAGCACAAAGAUAAUAAAGACCAUACAAACAUCCCACUUCAAAAUAGACACUUGAUCUGUGA